AUGGCUCCUGACUCUCAUAGAAAGUCCGCCAUUGAUGCUUCUCGCGCCGCCAUGGAAUCCCCCCCAGGCAUCGCUGCCUUGUUCGUUAUCCGCUUCGACAUCAGGACCGGAUAUGUGGUCUCAUGGAAACGAACCACCCCGGGAGUUGACGUCGAAGGCGUGGUCGAAUACAAGUCGUUGCCUUCCGGUCUACACAACGUGAAGGAUGAUCUAGUCUAUUUCGUUCACGACCAGUAUGCCGGCAUCAGCUCAUUCCUUAACCAGCCCGCCGCCGAGGUGGAGCGUAAUGCGAAGAUGUUUGCGAUCGGCGUCCUCGUUCCUUUGAGCUCUGGAAGACUCGGGAAGAGCUGGCGACACGCUCCAAGAUUGAGAGACUUGACGCUGAAAUAUGCCGCGGAUAUGUCCAAUGAACAACCCUUGUCGGAUUAUUGGGAUGCCUUUCAGAUUGGAGGAACCGAUUCUUCUGCUGCCGAUUCGCCGGUCGACUCGCCAGUGAACCUUCGCUUCCGACCGGGCGACCGACCGGAGAACUUGUCGCGCAGUCGCGCUUUUAGCGAUGCAAUGGUAUUGGAGACGUUCAGGCCGGCCCUGACACCGUUCCAUCCGGCUUCAUCACUUCCCGAUUUUCUCGAUUGCCUUGGUCCCUUGAUAUUCCCUCUAUACCGUGCCGCAUUACUGCGUAAACGCAUCCUUUUCAUGAACGAAGCACCUGUUCAUAUACCCUGCAAUUAUGGUAAAACGCUCCCCGUGUUCAACCUCUCCUCAACGCCUUCUGACUCUCCCAUAGUAUAUGACCUAUCGUUGCUAGCAUCUCUACCGAACUCUCUAUUACAAGAACUCCCGUCUGGAUACAUACCACCACUUCGACCUCGUCCCCUCUUCAACGUUGGUAUACAUGACAUUCCCCACCUUGCAUCUUUUGACACGACACGAUCGAGUCAAGAUCCGGACAAGGACCCCAGCUGGAUUGCCUGCUCGACCGAUAGUGUUUUGACUAUGAAACCUGAACUUUACGAUGUCUUGGUUACUCUUCCAGCCGCCCACUCCCAGCAUGCUACUGAGCGAGUCUACCCUGAGAUCAGUUUGAUGCACCCUUCAAGUGGCAAGCAGAAAUCGAAGCAAAACUUUGCUCUCAAGGCCACACAACGCGACGCCCGCCGCUAUGCGAUGCUUCGCAGAGGCCUACGAAAUUUCGCCGCCGACCGUCCUACGUCCUCUGAUACAGACUCAUCUGACAGCGAUUCUACAUAUUCCUCGAGCCCAGUUGUCGAGCCAAUCUCAUGGACCCGGCUCGCUUACAACUCUUUCAUCUGGUGGGCGUCCGCCGGCGAACACCGCGACGGCCUCACCGAGGAGGAAGAGGAGCACCAGAUUGAACAAGACGCACGACUUCUGGCAAGCGUGGAAAGUCUUGCAUACCCAGCCCCCAACUCCACAAACCGCCGCUCCUUCCACGGCGAGGAUAGUGGUCAAGAGCCACCGGAAGUUGCUCUGGUAGCCUACUUCCGUCGCCUGACAACGCAAAUCUUCUACACAUUGGCCGGCGCCAUUGCGCGUCACGAUUCUGAAUCCGGGGAAGAGUGUAUAGAUGCUUACCACGAUUCUCCGUAUCUCGAUGACGCAGAGAAUGACGACACGGAUCUAUCGCUUUCCAUGUCGCGACAAUCCAUUCACACAGAUGAUGACAACGCCCCUCUGCUGCGGCAGCGAUCAAAUGUGAACCACGCCAGCCAAAACAAUGACUGGUCAGAGCAAGAGGAGUCAGGCAACGAUGACCCAGUUACAAUUACGAUUGCCGAUAUGGCUGAGAUGGGUUUGGACGUGUGGAGCGCCACGGACCGGAUCUUUGUCGAGCAGCUCGUUACGCUCUGGUGGGGACGCCAGGCGCAUGUGGACAGUGCACGGAUUCGCUGCUGUGGAAUUUCCAUCCUCUAG